CUGAGUUCUGGUUCUUUAGAGAGAGAGAGAGAGAGAGAGAGAGAGGGAAAGAGGAAACCAUGGCCUCCCUCACUUCUCCAACAUUCACAACCAACACACGAUGUCUUCAGAGACCACAGAAUUCUCACUCUCCUUCUCAACAACCUCGUUUAUCACAAAGACCAGAACUGAACCGCAGGCAUUUCAUAUCUCAAACAGCUUCACUUUCAGCACUCCCUUUACUUUCUCCUCUCAUUCUUAACCCCCAACAAGCCAAUGCUGCAGCUGAAGAUUCUCUUUCCGAAUGGGAAAGAGUUUACCUUCCCAUUGAUCCCGGUGUUGUGCUCCUUGACAUUGCCUUUGUUCCUGAUGACCCGAACCAUGGUUUCUUGUUGGGGACAAGGCAGACAAUCAUGGAAACUAAAGAUGGUGGAAAUACUUGGGUCCAGCGGUCAAUACCUUCGGCAGAAGACGAGGAUUUUAACUAUAGGUUUAAUUCUAUUAGUUUUAAGGGGAAGGAAGGAUGGAUUGUUGGAAAGCCUGCAAUUCUGCUGUACACUGCAGAUUCCGGAGAAACAUGGGAGAGAAUACCACUAAGUGCUCAACUCCCUGGUGAUAUGGUCUAUAUAAAGGCAACUGGAGAAAAGAGUGCGGAGAUGGUAACAGACGAAGGUGCAAUAUAUGUCACAUCAAAUAGGGGUUAUAACUGGAGGGCUGCAGUUCAGGAGUCUGUUUCGGCAACUCUUAACAGAACAGUUUCUAGCGGUAUUAGUGGUGCAAGUUACUAUACAGGGACUUUUAAUACUGUGAAUCGCUCUCCAAAUGGAAACUAUGUUGCCGUCUCAAGCCGUGGUAACUUCUAUCUGACGUGGGAGCCUGGUCAGGCAUUCUGGCAGCCGCAUAACAGAGCAAUUGCAAGAAGAAUUCAAAACAUGGGAUGGAGGGCGGAUGGUGGGCUCUGGCUUCUUGUUCGUGGAGGGGGGCUUUAUCUUAGCAAAGGCACUGGGAUAUCAGAGGAGUUUGAAGAAAUUCCAGUGCAAAGUAGGGGGUUUGGCAUUCUUGAUGUAGGGUACCGUUCAAAGGAAGAGGCUUGGGCAGCAGGGGGCAGUGGGGUUCUAUUGAGAACUACCAAUGGUGGCAAAACAUGGACCCGUGACAAAGCAGCUGAUAAUAUUGCUGCAAAUCUUUACUCGGUGAAGUUUAUCGAUGACAAGAAAGGAUUUGUUCUGGGAAAUGAUGGAGUCCUGCUUCGGUAUCUUGGAUAAAGACAUUGCUGUCUCAUGGUUUCUCAAUGAUGCUGCGAUUUUGUACGCAUAAAGCACUCCAUGUUGUGAAGAGAGGAACAAAGUUUCAUAUUGCAUGUAUUUUUUCAUGCAACUAUAAUAUGUGAAUGGCUGCUACAUUUCAUUACAUGUGGUGGUGUUCUUUAAAGUAAAGUUUGCGCAAAGACAAUAGGAUAUCGUUGGACAGAUUUAGAUUUGAUUCAGAGAAGGAUUCAGAUUUGUUCGCUCGACUCAUACUUGUCCUGGCUAAUUGUGAGGCUGGAAGCCCUUUAACCUGAA